UGUUGCGGGAGCAUUGCUGGCUGCGGGCGGUGUGCAGACGUUACAUUGUGUGUGGCCUUCGGCGCUCAAACUACAUUCCUGACACCAGAAUGAUGAACUAUGCAGCCGCCCAGCGCAACGCAGCGCCCAUCCUGGAGGCCCUGUCUCAGCAGGUGCCGCGCACAGCAAGUGGCCACGCGCUGGAAGUGAGUUCGGGCACGGGCCAGCACGUGGCACUGCUGGCGCGCCACUAUCCGGCGCUGCGCUGGCAGCCGACCGAGCUGGAGCCGCGCCUGCUGCUCAGCAUCGACCAGCACACGGCCGGGCUGACCAACGUGCUGGCGGCGCGCCGGCUGGAUGUGGCCGGCGACUGGGCCGCGCAACUGCCGCAGCUGGCCGCCGGCUCCCUCCGGCUACUCGUCAACAUCAACAUGAUGCACAUCGCGCCGUGGUCGUGCGCGCUGGGGCUGCUGGCCGGCGCCGGCCGCUCGCUGGCCGCCGGCGGCGUGCUCGUCACCUACGGCCCGUACGCCAAGGACGGCACGCUCAGCCCGCAGAGCAACGUGGUGUUUGACGCACGGCUGCGUGCCGAGAACAAGGAGUGGGGCGUGCGCGACAUCCGGGACCUGCGCCAGGCGGCGGCGCCUCACGGUCUGAAGCUGCACGCCGAGGUGGACAUGCCGGCCAACAACAAGCUGCUGGUCUGGAAGAAGUGCUGAGAGCCAGGUGUAGUUGUCUACCACCCCAGCAGCUCAAGAGGUGGGCGCCAGACAAUGAUCAAUGUGGGGCACGUGCCAAGAACGUCGGUACCGCUACAGCACCACCAGUACCGAUUCGCUCCCAGCUAAACUUUUUUUGUCAGUUGGCAGCUGGCCAGGCGAGGGAGGCUACAUGAGAAUGCCACGGCAUCGUGAGACACUUCAAAAUCUGUCAAAACAUGUUGGUUGAACCGGAGUUGCCUUACGCGGAUGCGAGUAUGAACGGUUUUGCAGCAAGUGGUGCUUGGCAUGGAUUUGAAUCCUGAACUCACCCCUGCAAGACAUGCUCUCAAAUCUCUGCACCAAGGAGCUGACAAUAUUACGGUGCCACCAUGUCCGCAGCUGGUAGCGAAUCGUUACCUCCGGUGUUAUAGCCGUGCCUGGAGUUGUAAAACGGCGAGUUUUUUACCGGAUGAAAAGCCAGCUAGUAUCGAAGCGUUGGAAACCGGCUCCAAUGCCAGUAGCAACCACAGCUCUCGACUGGAUAGCUUGUACGUGUACGCCUGAUAUUGCUGUAGAGUACCCUUUGUACUGUCGGACUCAUGGUUUUGGAGAAAGGGAGGGGGUAAUUGUGAGGUUUUGGUUCGGUCGCAUCGAAGUGGUGAACUUGUUGACUACAGAGCCUGCCGCGACUUGUGAGAGAAGCUUGAUCAAAGUUGCGGUCCAUCAAAUACGGAUUUUGUACGGAUAUAAGGGCAGGUUUUCUUCAUAGGCCGUACUACAAUCUCGCCACAACCGGCAUGGAGGCUGCGGCUGGAUCGGGACACAAGAUACCGGAACCGGUGGGGGUAUAGAGGCUACGGCUGGAUCGGGACACAAGAUACUGGAACCGGUUGAGGUAUAGAGUCUGCGGCUGGAUCGGGACACAAGAUACCGGAACCGAUGGAUCUUGAGCUCACCCAGCAAGCGUGCGUCCAAUGGGAAGGAGCCUUCGUGUGUCGUCAGACUAUGCAUCGCCAUGGCGACGGUGUUCAGAUCGCACCGAAGAUUGAUUGUUCUGUGGUGAAAGUCCGUAGUUGCCUGAUUGGGCUGGUGUUUUCCAGUGAACGCGGCAGGUUCCGUCGCGGUCAACUUUUGAGGCUAAACUCGGUCGAGGCAAGGUGUCAAACAUUCCAACACUCAAACAUUCGGUUCGGCCUCGCGGUAUGGGCUGUGCUUAUUCAUGUAGGCUGGUGUUACAGCGCUUGUGCCGGGAUGCUAUUGUUAACAGCAUGUAUGUCAUGUAUCAAUCGCAUUCUACCAACAGCUCCUGUCCCCAUGAGCGGGCCGUGGGCGGUGCGGGAUCAGGCGGCAACUACUGCUCUACGCAAACACGCGCUAUGACCGUCUCUCUUCACCUUCGCCGCAAGAUCACUGUUGCGAAAAUUCUGCAUUUCCUGUUCUCAUACACAGGGUGUUGUUUUUUGCACUUAGAACGGCGGGGCGGGUGGUGAGUACAGUAAACAUGAACCCUUUAGCAAGAUUACACCCCCAAUGUCCCCCAUGUUCUACCUGCUUGAGUCAUCACAAAUGCUAGAUUCA